AUGCGCGGGCUGCCCGCGGGCCCCGGUGGCCCCCUGCGGAAGUCGAACGGGCGCAGUCCCGCGUCGCUCGGCGCCGACAUCGAGGAGAUCGACGCGCUGCUCGCUGCGUCGAAGCGCGCUCGGACGUCCGUCGCCGAGCGCGCGUCCAAGCUCAUGUCGGAGCACGCGGCCGUCCAGCGGGGCUUCGAGCGGGAGCUCGACCGGGAGACGCUCCGCCAGAAGCCCAAGGAGAAACUCAAGCGCCGCUCCGGCGCGGACCACGCGCUCCUCUUCCACCUCGCGCACGCGCCGGACCAGCCCGCGGACGAGGCCGCCGCCGCGGCCGCGGAGCGGCCGCGGCGCCGCAAGCCCGAGGAGUCGCCGCCGCCCGACGACGCCGUCAUCCCGCCGCCGCCGAGCUACGCGAGCGAGACGGAGGCGCGCGAGUGGGACGAGUACUACCGGUUCUGCGCGCGCGGCGCGCUCUUCAAGGCGCUCGACCGCGGCCGCGACGCGGAAGACGGCGCCGCGCGGCGUUUGGCGGAGACCAUGGCCGAGCUCGAGGCCGCCCCGGGCUGGGCGGCGCUCGUGGGCGACGUCGACGACGAGGCCGACGGCGAGGACGCCGACGUCGCCGCGGAGCAGGCCGCGGAGGUCGACGCGCUCGACGAGACGCGGCGGAAACGCGAGGCGGAGCUCGCGGCCGUCCGCCGGGCCUCCGGCGCGGAGAUCGCGGCGCGCCUCGACGCCUACGACCCCGUGGGCCCCCGGGCGCCGGGCCACGAGCACCGGCUCCGCGACCUGGGCCUCAAGUACCCGUCGCCGGCCUACGUCGUCCGCGAGGCCGAGGAGCGGUACGCGUCGGCCGCGCGCGACGCGCGCAUCGCCGCGCGCGCCGCGUCGGCGCCGGCGCCCGCGGCGGCCGUCGACGACGGGCCCAGCGAGGAGGAGCGCGCCGCCGCUCUAGAGGCGGACGCGCGCGAGGCCGCGGCCGCGGCCGCGGCCGCGAUGAAGGCGCUCGUCCACGAGGCGGCUUUGGAGGCGCUCGAGUCGCUGAGCGCGCAGACGGAGUCCCAGUCUUUGGCAUCCGGCGAGUCCGCGUCGGCGUCGAGCCACAGCGGGAAGCACCACCACCACCACCGCCACCACCACAAGAAGGCGCCGGGCAGCCCCGGGUCGCACCACGGGUCGCACCACGGCCACCACCACCUGCCCGGCGCGUCCGUCGCCGCGGAGAUGGCCGAGAUCAUCAAGCAGGACGAGCACGUCGCGUCCAUGAUGCACGAGCUGCCGAGCAACCCCGACGGCCUCAUCGACGCCCAGACGGGCAAGGCCCAGCUCAUGUCGGAGAUCGUCGCCGAGCACACGGUCCGCGUCGACCUCUCGUUCCCUUCUUUGGAGUCGUUCCGCCGCGCGGAGCACGACGUCGCGUCCUACUUCAUGCCCGACUACAGCGCCCACCUCUCCGAGCCCCACGGCGGCGGCGGCGGCUUCUGGUCCGGCGUCCGCGCGGAGACGCGGCGCGCGCGCCUCGCGCCCGACGACGAGUCGCACUCGACGGGCUCGCACCGGCGGCCGCGCCACGGCGGCGCGGGCCACCAGCGGAGCCACGACGCCGACGAGGUGCGGGCCCACGGCCUCGAGCCGGCCCUGCCGGGCCACCAGCCCGCGGAGCGGCCCGAGGCGAGCCCGACGGCGACGCUCGACACGCUCCUCCGCGAGGGCGUCGCGUGCCUCGCGACGCUGCCCCUGCCGGGCCUCGCGCGGGACGCGCUCGAGAGCUCCCAGUUCGCGGCGGCGGCCGCCGCCUGCGCCGAGGCCGUCGCCGCGGCGCUCGCGGCGGACGCCGCGCAGCGCGAGGCGCCGAACGCGUCCGUCGUCACGGGCAUGCCCGCGGACGACGCGCGGCCCCUCAUCGCCUGCGCCAUCGCCGAGCUCGUCGCGUCGCCCGCGGCGGCCAUGGUCGUCGACGCGGCGCGGGCGCCGACGGCCUACGAGUGCGACCGCUACUGCUCCGCGUGCGCCGCGGCGACGCGCGCGCAUUUCUUGAGCGUCGCGCCCGAGGGCUCCGAGGUCCGGCCGCCGCCCGUGUCCUUCGCGCAUUUGGCGGCGUUCUGCGCGACGGCGGCGCGCCUGGAGCACGACUCGGGCAUGGAGCUCGUCGCGCGGAGCGAGAAGGCGGCGCUCGCGGCGGACGACGCCUUGGCGUGCCUCGACGAGCCGGGCGAGCACACGGUCAAGGGUUUGCUGGAGCAGGAGGGGCUCCUGGGCCCCGCGCAGGACAAGUUCCGCGACUUCGUCACGUCGCCGGCGUUCCGGGCCGCGGUCCAGGCCCAGACGAACAAGCAGCUGGCGAAGCACGGGGGUUUGGGAGCCGCGGCGGCGUGGCGCGUCGUCCUGGCGGCGCGCGACGCGCUGGCGAACCAGGCGGCCGUGCGCGUCGACGUCGCCGCGGCGACGGACCCGGAGGACGGCGCCGACGCGACGGCGAGGUGUUUUGAUAUUAUUGAAGAAAACAAGCAACAUCAUCAUACCCAAACCGUGCACCACGGCCGCCGCCGCAUCUCCAUCGUAGACACCGCGAGCCGCUUCACGGAGUUCGCGACCUUCGCGCUUCUACGGGCGGCGCUGCGCGAGCGGCGCGACGACGCGCGGCGCGACGCGGCCGCGGAGCUCGCCUACGUGGACCUGGCGCGGUGCCCGCCGAGCGCGGAGCAGGGCUGCCUCGACGUCGUGCACCGUUUGACGUCGCGCUGCGGCGGCGCUUUGGCGGCGCGCGUCGCGCGCGCGGCGGCGGCCGGCGAGGCGCUCGAGGACGAGGACCACGAGCCGGCGGCGCCGCUCCGCGCGGCCGAGGAGCCGUCGGCCUUCGACGCCUACGGGUCCGUGGUGACGCGCGCGCGGAGCGAGGGCGCGGAGCUUCAAAAUGCCAUGGCCGCGCCCGAGGCGCCGCCGGAGGUGCUCCUCGCGCGCGCGCUGCGCCGCGCGGUCGUCGAGGCGGGCGCGGUCUACGGCGCCGCGGACGUCGACGCGGACGCCGCGGACGCCGCGGACCUCGACUUCUCCGCCGCCUGGGUCGCGUUGGCGGGCCGGGGCGUCGAGUCCAUGACGCCGGGCGACUGCGCGGCUCUGCUCCGGCCCUUCGCGACGCACUGGGGCGGCGCGCCCGGCGCCGCGCUGGCCGCGCGGGCCCCGCGGGGCGGCGGCGACCCCGCCGACGACGCCGCGGCGCGCAAGGUCGCCGCGCUCCUCGCGGCGGCGACGAACGGCGUCGUCGACGCGACGUCGCUGAGCCUGUUCGUCGACGACACUUCGACGGACGCGGGCGGGUCCACCGCGGCCAACUUCUCGUCGUUCCACGCCCAGGCCGAGCGGCCCGUGCACCGCGCGUUGCGCCGCGUGCCCAUCCGCCACGUGACGCCGCCGCCGGACCCGCGGCUCCACCUCGCGCCCGCGUCCAAGUUCGCGCUUCUUACGGUGGCCGUCGUCGACGGGCCCCGCGACGGCAGCGAGCCCCACGCGCCCGCGGCGCCCCAGUCCUACGCCCUCAGCGCCCUCGUCUUCCCGGGCCGCGCCGCGUCGUCGACGACCCUCGACGCCGCGGACCUCCCCGCGACGGUGGACCAGGACCGCCUCCCGGCGGAGCUCGUCCGCCGCGCGACCUUCGACGACAGCGACCUCCUCGAGCCCCUCAAGCUCCCCCGGGCCGCCGCCGCGAACGGCAACUAG